ACACACCCAGGUUGCUGUGUCUAGGAGGAGGGGACAGACAAGUCGUCACUUGGACAGGAGGAGACGAGGCGACGACAAGGCCAUAUACCCGAUCGACAGUCACCUUGCUCACACAUUUACAAGGAGGAAGAAUGGAACUGGACAGUGAGCGGAAGGAGCUGCUGUUGAAAACGCUGAUGGAGCUGGGGGAAGACGACUUCAAGGCCUUCAAAUUCUUCACGGACCUGCCUCAAAGGGUACUUGGAACCCACAGCCCGGUGGACAUUGCGUACGAGCUGGUGAAGAAGCACGGCGAGAAAACUCUGGAGGAGACCAUCAAGAUUCUAGAAAAGAUCGGAAACAAGAACUUGGCCGAGAUGUUGCGUCGCAACAUGCUGGAAAUAAGAGGCGCCGUCUUCUCCGUCCAUGAUGACAAUCAGAUUGCCAGAUUGAAGGCAGACCUGCAAGGAAACCUGCAGAGUUUGUACAGCUUUGUUCCCGAGGGCAACACCGAGCGCUGGCAGCAGCAGCCAUUGGCGGACGUCUACACGGAGCUGGACGUCACCUACGGGGCCGACGUCAGACCAAACGAGCGGCACGAGGUCCUUCAGAUGGAAACGCGUGGCACCGCGGCCAAGGAGUCUAUCCUGCCGUGCGACAUCUUCAAAAGCCACGACGGAAAGGAGCGACCGAUACGCACGCUGCUCACCGUCGGCUUCGCGGGAAUCGGAAAAACCUUCCUGGUUCAAAAGUUUGUGUGCGACUGGGCCAGCGGAAAUACAAACCAGGACGUGCACUUCAUAUUUCCCUUCACCUUCCGCGAAUUGAACAUGGACGAAGGGAAAAGCUUUACGCUGGCAGAGCUUAUUCGGCGCUACGUUUGCGAGAGCAGGCACAUGAGCGAGGAGACGCUGAACGAGAUAUUAGCCAACCUGCAGACGUCUGGGAAGCGGGACUACGAAAGCAGCGGGAUCAAGAUCUUGUUUGUCCUGGACGGACUGGACGAAUGCAAGUUCAAAAUGGACUUGAAGAAUCAGAUGAAAGUAGAUGUGGAUGUGAAGAAGGCUUACCCACUGGAGGUGCUCCUGGCGCACCUUAUCAAGAGAAACCUGCUUCCGUGUGCCCGGGUUUGGAUCACCACGCGGCCCGCAACGGCCCGCGACAUCCCCUCCGACCUCAUCGACAGCAGAACAGAGGUGAGAGGAUUCAGCGAUUACCAGAGGCUGGCGUACUUCAGGAAAAAGUUCCCAAAUGAGGAGCGUGUCAUUGAGCACAUCCGGAAAACUCGGACCAUCUUCAUCAUGUGCCACCUGCCCAUAUUCUGCUGGCUAACCGCCACAGUUCUUCAGGAUCAUUUGGACAAAGGGAAGGAGGUUGAGCUUCCUACAACGCUGACCGACAUGUACUCUGAGUAUAUUUUGAACCAGCUGGAAAACUCCAAGGAGAGACUGAAGACUGAGUACAUCAGUGACGUGAAAGCGCUAGCAAAGCUGGCCUUUCACCACACCAUGAGUAACCGUCAGAUCUUCUACGAGAAGGACCUGGCGGAUAGCGGCUUUGAUUACAGCCAAGCCGCAAAACACUGCGGAAUAUUCACACAGGUGUUUAAGGAGGUCCGACCACUCAGAAGAAACCAACAGGGCAAGAUGUUUCAGUUCAUCCAUCUGACCAUCCAGGAGUAUCUGGCCGCAUUCUACGUGAUUAUGAGCCUCUUCCACGACGACAAGAAUGUACUGGCUGAUUCAGAGCUGGGCAUGGAAGGGGCUUUCCAAGAAGAAGACAAGCCAGAAGAAUUAGAAGAAACAGAAUCAGAAGAUGAAGAAUCAGAAGAAGAAGAAACAGAAGAUGAAGGUGAUUGGAAAAUCACUGAGGUCCACCAGUCAGCUCUCCAGAAAGCUUCGGAGAGUAAAGGAAACCUGGACCUGUUCCUCCGCUUCCUCAUUGGCCUUUCCUUGCCAUGCAACCAGGAACUAGUGGGGGAAAUGCUGAAGGCUCCUAAGGACAGCAGGCAAAGCAAGUCAAAGACAGUCAAGUUAAUCAAGGAACAGAUAAAACGGAACACCCCAGAGAACAACAUCAACUUGUUCUACUGCUUAAAUGAGCUGAAAGACGACUCAUUGUUGAAGCAGUUCCAGAAGAAAAAAGGUUCGAAAAAACACUUGAAGUGGCACAAAAUGCCAAAUGCCAUGUGGUCAGCCCUGGUCUUCUUCUUACUGACUGACGACAAAACCAUGAGGUCUUUUGACCUGUCGAAAUACGCCUCAUCGCCUUUGGGUCUCGAGAAGCUUUUGGUGGCUGUCAAGGCUUCUCAAGAAUCAGUUCUAAUUGGUUGUCACCUGGACAAAGGCAGCUGUCACCUGCUGGCUUCCGUUCUCAGCUCUCCAUCCAACUUGAGGCAUCUGGACCUGUACUCCAACAAUCUAUCAGACGAGGGGGUGGAGAUCCUCUCAAAAGGACUGGCCAGUCCACACUGCAUCUUACAAUUCCUGGGGUUGUCACAGUGCCAGAUAACAGAGAAAGGAUGCAUUUCAUUGGCCGAGGCUCUCAAGUUAAAUCCCUCCCAUCUUCAAGAGCUGGACCUGAGCCAUAACAAUCUGUCGGACGAGGGGGUUGAGAUCAUCUCUAAAGGAUUGGCCAGUCCAAACUGCAUCUUACAAAUCUUGGGGUUAAAACACUGCAAGAUCACGAAGCGAGGAUGCGUUUAUUUGGCCGAGGCGCUCACGUUAAACCCCUCCCAUCUUCAAGAGCUGCACCUGUGCGGUAAUGAUCUGUCGGACAAGGGGGUUGAGAUCCUCUCAAAAGAAGUGGCCAGCCCACACGGCAUCUUAAAAGUCCUCAAGGCGUCAUGGUGCAGGAUCACGAAAAAUGGAUGUGUUUUUUUGGCCGAAGCUCUCAAGUUAAACUUCUAUCUUCGAGAACUGCACUUAGAGGGUAACAAUCUGUCGGACGAGGGGGUUGAGAUCCUCUCGAAAGAACUGGCCACCACACACUGCAUCUUAAAAGUCCUCAAGCUGGAACACUGCAAGAUCACGAAGCGAGGAUGCGUUUUUUUGGCCGAGGUUCUCCAGAUAAACCCCUCCCAUCUUCAAGAGCUGGACCUGAGCUGCAACGAUCUGUCAGACGAGGGGGUCAAGAUCCUCUUGAAAGGACUGGCCAGCCCACACUGCAUCUUACAGGUCCUCAAGCUAAGAAAAUGCGGAAUCACGAAGCGAACAUGCGUUUCAUUAGCUGAGGCUCUCAAGUUAAACCCCUCACAUCUUCAAGAGCUGGACCUGAGCUCCAACGAUCUGUCGGAUGAGGGGGUUGAGAUCCUCUUGAAAGGACUGACCAGUCUACACUGCAUCUUACAGGUCCUCAAGCUAGACACUUGUAACCUGGACAAAGGCAGCUGUCACCUGCUGGCCUCCGUUCUCAGCUCUCCAUCCAACCUGAGGCAUCUGGACCUGAGCUGCAACGAUCUAUCGGACGAGGGGGUCGAGAUCCUCUCGAAAGGACUGGCCAGUCCACACUGCAUCUUGCAAGUCUUCGAGAUGUCAUGGUGCAAGAUCACCAAUAAAGGAUGCGUUUCAUUGGCCAAGGCCUACAAGUCAAACCCCUCCCAUCUUCAACAGCUGCACAUCAUGUGCAAUCCAUUGGGAGAAAAAGGAAAGAGGCUCUUAAUUGACAUCCAAGAGGAUCCCAGCUAUAGCCUGACGACUGUCAAGCUAGACAGUUGUAACCUGGACAAAGGUAGCUGUCACCUGCUGGCUUCCGUCCUCAGCUUUCCAUCCAAACUAAGGCAUCUGGACCUGAGGCAUAACAAUCUGUCAGACGAGGGGGUCGAGAUCCUCUCAAAAGGACUGGCGAAUCCACACUGCUUCUUACAAGACCUCUCGCUAAGAAAACGCGGGAUGCGUUUUUUCGGCCGAGGCUCUCAAGUUAAACCCCUCCCAUCUUCAAGAGCUGGACCUGAGCUCCAACAACCUGUCAGACGAGGGGGUGGAGAUCCUCUCGAAAGGACUGAUUUUGUUCGCUCCCACGUACUGUCCAACGACUGCAAGACCACCGGGUGUCGGCAGUACGGGUUAAAAGCGGCCUCGCUCACCGAAUUCAAGGAGGUGUACCCGCCGUCGUUGGCACAAAGGCGGCCGCCACCGAGUUGUGUAGGCUCCCCUCCCAUCGGGACUGGAUUCCGCGUCGGCGUGGAGACGAACGGCGGCUCGACGAAGCCGUCUUUAUGGACCGCAGUCGGGCCGCUCCGCGACGACGACCAACGACGUCCCCGAGGCUCCAUGGCUCGUUCCCUCUCACGUUCCUUCAGACGAUUGUCCAAAAGCACGGACAAGGAAAUCAGUCCCCGGGUCAUCAAACCCACAGUGUUUGAGUCACUCAAAGGGCAAAGAGAGGACAGAAAAGACAAGACGGAAAGCUUAUGGACCUCUUUGCACAACCCGCACCUGGGAUCCCUCCUGGUGUGGUAUUUCUGGGCCUCUAUUGCUCUGGUGCUCAAGGCCUGCUCCUUCACUUCGCUCACACAUUUACAAGGAGGAAGGAUGGCUCUGGACAGCAGGUGGAAGGAGCUGCUUUUGAAAACGUUGAUGGAGCUGGGGGAGGACGAUUUCGAGUACUUCAAGUUCUACACGGACUUGCCUACAAGUGUACGUGAAAACGCCCGACGUGUGAACAUUGCUGACAAACUGGUGAUGAAGUACGGCGCGAAAACUCUGGAUGAGACCAUCAAGAUUCUGGAGAAGAUUGACAACAAGAACUUGGCCGAGAUGUUGCGUCGCAACAUGCUGGAAAUAAAAGGCGCCGUCUUCUCCGUCCAUGAUGAAGAUCAGAUUGCCAGAUUGAAGGUAGACCUGCAAGGUAACAUGCGGAGUUCAUACAGCUUUGUUCCCGAGGGCAACACCGAGCGCUGGAAGCAGCAGCAGCCUCUGGCGGACGUCUACUCGGACCUGGACAUCACCUACGGGGCUGACGUCAGCCCGGACAAACGGCACGAGGUCCUUCAGAUGGAGACCUGUGCCACGGCGGCCAAGGAGUCUAUCCUGCCAUGCGACAUCUUCCAAAGCCCUGACGGGAAGCAGCGACCGAUACGCACGCUGCUCACCGUCGGCUUCGCGGGAAUCGGAAAAACCUUCCUGCUUCAAAAGUUUGUGUGGGACUGGGCCAGCGGGAAUACAAACCAGGACAUACACUUCAUAUUUCCCUUCACCUUCCGCGAAUUGAACACAGACAAAGGGAAAAGCUUUACGCUGGCAGAGCUCAUUCGACGCUACGUUUGCGAGAGCAGGCACAUGAGCGAGGAGACUCUGAACGAGAUAUUUGCCAACCUGCAGACGUCUGGGAAGCGGGACUACGAAAGCAGCGGGAUCAAGAUCUUGUUUGUCUUUGACGGACUGGAUGAGUGCAACUUCAAAAUCGACUUGAAAAAUGAGAUGAAAGUAGACAUGGACGUGACGCAGGCCUGCCCCCUGGAGGUGCUCCUGGCGCACCUCAUCAAGAGGAACCUGCUUCCGUGCGCCCGGGUUUGGAUCACCACGCGGCCCACGACGGCCCAUGAUAUCCCCUCCAACCUCAUCGACAGCAGAACAGAGGUGAAAGGAUUCAGCGAUUCCCAGAGGCUGGAGUACUUCAGGAAAAGAUUCCCAAAUGAAGAGCGCGUCACAAAGCACAUUCGGAAAUCUCGCACCAUCUUCAUCAUGUGCCACCUGCCUAUCUUCUGCUGGCUCACCGCCACAGUUCUUCAAGAUCAUUUGGACAAAGAGAACGAGGAAGAGCUUCCCACAACGCUGACCGACAUGUUGUCAGAGUAUGCUUUGAACCAAUUUGAAAAGUCCAAUGAGAGACAGAUGACAGAGUACAUCCAUUACGUGAAAGCGCUAGCAAAGCUGGCCUUUGACCACACCAUGAGUAACCAACAGAUCUUCUUCGAGAAGCAGCUGGUGGAAAGCGGCUUUGAUUAUAGCCAAGCCGCAAAACACUGCGGAAUAUUUACCGAGGUGCUGAAGGAGGUCCGCCCGCUCAGAAGAAACCAACAGGGCAAGAUGUUUCAGUUCGUCCAUCUGACCAUCCAGGAGUAUCUGGCUGCAUUCUACGUGAUGAUGAGCCUCUUCCACGACAACAAGAACGUACUGGCUGAUUCAGACUUGGCACCAGAAAGUGAAGAAGAAGAAGAAGUUGAAGGUGAUUGGAAAAUCACUGAGGUCCAUCGGUCAGCUCUGCAAAGAGCCUCAGAGUGUGAAGGAAACCUGGAUCUGUUCGUUCGCUUCCUCUUUGGCCUCUCCUUGCCCUGCAACCAGGAACUCUUGGGGGAACUGCUGAAGGUUCCUCGAGACUUUAGGCAAAGCAAGUCAAAGACAGUCAAGUUGAUCAAGAAAACGAUCAGACGGAACACUCCAGAGAAGAACGUCAACUUGUUCUACUGCUUAAACGAGCUGAAGGACGACUCUUUGCUGAAGCACAUACAGGAGGAAAUUGGGUACAGAUCUCUGUCCUGGAUUCCAAUGACAAAUGAAAUGUGGUCGGCUCUGGCCUUCUUCUUACUGACAGACGAGGAAACCAUGAAGUCCUUUGACCUGAGGAAAUACGACCCAUCGCCUUUGGCGCUUGAGAAGCUGUUGGUGGUUGUCAAGGCCUCUGAAAAAUCGGUGCUAUUCAAUUGUGACCUGAACAAACACAGUUGUCACCUGCUGGCAUCCCUUCUCAGCGCUCCGUCCAACCUUAGGCAACUGGUUCUGACCCUUAACAAUCUGUCGGACGAGGGGGUCGAGAUCCUCUCCAAAGGACUGGCCAGCCCACACUGCCUCUUACAAGUCCUCGUGCUGGACCACUGCGGGAUCACGGCGCGAGGAUGCGUAUCAUUGGCUGGGGCUCUCAAGUUACAUCCCUCGCAACUUCAAGAGAUGCGCCUGAGCAACAACGAAUUGUCAGACGAAGGGGUCGAGAUCCUUUCAAAAGGACUGGCCAGCCCACACUGCAUCAUAAAAGUCCUUGAACUGGAACACUGCUCGAUCACGAAGAGAGGAUGCGUUUCAUUGGCGGAGGCUCUCAAGUUGAACCCCUCCCAUCUUCAAGAGCUGGACCUGAGCUACAACAAUCUGUCGGACGACGGGGUUGACAUCCUCUCGAAAGGACUGGCCAGCCCACACUGCAUCUUACAGGUCCUCAAUCUCUCAAAUUGCAACAUCACGAAGCGAGGAUGUAUUUCAUUGGCUGAGGCUCUCAAGUUUAAUCGCUCCCAUCUUCAAGAGCUGCGCCUGAGCCACAACGAUUUGUCUGACGAGGGGGUCGAGAUCCUCUCAAAAGGACUGGCCAGCCAACACUGCAUCUUACAAAUCCUUGAGCUGUCAUGGUGCAAGAUCACCAAUAAAGGAUGCGUGUCAUUGGCCGAGGCUCUCAAGUUAAACCCCUCCCAUCUUCAACAGCUAAUCCUCGUGUGCAAUCCAUUGGGAGAAGAAGGAAAGAGGGUCUUAAUGGAUGUUCAACAGGAUCCCAGCUAUGGCCUGAUGACCGUCAGAUCUUAAUUGUACAGCUAAGAACUUUUGAUCCCUGGCGUAAGGAUGGGCGAGUCAUUCCAAGUGUUCAUAAUUAUUAGAAGAUGUUGAGCCCAUUUGGUCUUCCUUCAGAUUUUGUUCGGUCCGACCUACUGUCCGAUGACUGCAAGAUCGCUGGGUGUCGGCGCUACAGGCAAAGCUGUAUCGCACGAGAAGGUUGGCGUGCAGCGACUCCACUACAAGGAAGUGGAGUUCAAGGUGCAGGUCUAUGACGCUGCUACCAAACUGCUGACAGUAUUUUUCUGGCAUGAAUUGAAAUGUGUUUGACACUAGUAGAUGUCCAAUAGAUUUGAUUGGGAGUGCCUGACCAAAAGGAUUGGACUUUGAGAAACGUCCAAUGCAGCCAAUGAAUUCAAUCAGUACCCUGUGAAGUGUUAACUUAUGGUUUUGCUAAUUUUGACAUCAAUGUUUUACACAUGAUCAUUUUCACUUCUUCAUGUAAAUAAGUGGAUCUAAUGUUGUUUUGUACGAGAACCUUAAAACCCUAACCUGAAAUAAAGGUUUUUCAAAAUCAUCUAACAAUUGACGAAAACUUGAAACGUUCCCGGUGUAUUUAUUCAUUUUGUUGACUGACUCGAUUGAAGUGAGGGAAUGUCACGAGGUCGUUUGGUGUGGCAAAUAGUUCGAUUAGUCUCUUUAAAUUAUGUGAACAUAUAUUAUAAUGUGAAAAUGUAAGUUAUAAUGAAUGGGUGAAUAAGCAGGGUACCGGCGGGUUAUUAAAAGUAUUAAAAAGGCAUUGAAUUUAGUUUUCCAUUAUUAAAGGUAUUAAAAGUAUUAAAUUAGCUGUCGUAAGUCUGGAAUUUUUUCACCGUGGUUUUAAUUUUCAAGAACAUCUCAGUGCAACCUAAAUUAUAUCCGUGACAAAGUUUUUUAAAAAUCCAUAACUAAGAUGAAGCGUAGAAUUUUUACGAUGCACUGCACCUCGUGCGUGCGCGCCGUUACCAUCAACAUCACAACAGCAGGCAAUCGCACAGUACCAGGCCCGGAGUGGCUAAUCGGGAGAACCGGGACAGUUCCCGGUAGGCCGGCCUUACGUUUUGGCCGGUCAUAAUACACAUUUUUAACGAAGCUUUCAGUUAAACUAUUUACUAACGGCAUCACGCAACCCCGCUUUGCGCGAUAAAUUUUGGCCCUUCUAGCAUUCCGUAGUUUGAAAUUCGAUACCCCGCAACAGGCUCCCGACUCAUUCUCCAAUGCCGCCAGCUCUGCCUCUGGGAAAGAGUAUCAUGAUAUCAUCCUGUUGACUUGAUUCUGGAAAAACUUAAGUUUGGGUUUUAAUGACCGAAAUGGGGCACGUUGAGGCAGCAUGACGAGCGUGAACCUGUCUGGCUGUUGGCGCGACCCAUUAUCGUUGUUUUUCAGCAUGUUUGGAUAAAAGUACAGCGAUAAACCGUAAAUGAACAUGCAGAAUGAAAUAUUUUUCAUGAGAGCACCACUAAAACUUCCACCAUGGAGGCUCCAGGCACUAUUUUUUGGGCAUAAAUACGGAGGAUUGGGGUGAAAUCCACGUUCUCAGGCAAAACAUAAGUUGGGCAUUUUAACCCAAAACCAUACCUGUUAAGUUGUAGAAAUUGCAAAUAGGGAGAUUUCUGUUUGCCAACCCCGAUGACACGCGCGCGCGCGACAAUCGCUAAGACAAAAUGCAACCUUUUUUUUUCAAGGUCAUUUUGGUCACAACACUUGUGUAAAAAUUAACUACACUGUCAAAGAACCUCUUUUUGGUGGCAUCAGAGAUAGUCUUCAACUUGCUCCAUGUAUUGUCUGGCAUUAUGUGAUACUGCUAUGUUGCCUGUGUCAUGCCAGUUCUCCUUGUUCCUGUAAUCAACAUCUAGGAUAUCCUCAGCUUUCCUGAUCACAUCCAUUUGCACAAAUUUGGACAUCAGCUUCCUCAGCAGCCUCAGAAGCAGAAUAGAUACACAAAGCCAUCUUAUCACAGAAGCCCAACGUGUGCGUCACGAGCAAGAUUGAUGCACAAACUCUGGCAAUCUGUUCCACGGACAACAAACAAGGACAAAGACCAGCGCACUUUGUCCUAAAGCAUGCAGCGUGAGCCCGGAUAGCAAAGUUGAUAGCGGGCGCUUGGGACGUCAAGACCAGCGUCGGUCGCCGUGGCAACCACGUCCCAUCCGCGCACGAACCUAGACCGCUCAAAACCAGCCACGGAGGGAAGGUCCCAAAAGCAACGCCCCGACACACCUUCGGCCCGGCAUACUCCACCACGGACUUAAAAAACACUGGACACUGAGAUAACACAGAUUUGCUGCUCGGAAACAUUUUCUAUGUAGCCUUGUUUUGUAUCCAGAAUUGUCCCUCUGUCGUCUGUUUUUGCCUUGUUUUUUGACCAUUGUCAACGAAUAAAUUGUCAACCUGCUUUCG